AUGUACUUUGUGCAGGAUGUCCCCGUCCGGUACAAGCACUUGAGCAACACCCUGCGGGUCCUCUGCCUCUUCCCCGCCGUCUGGGGUGUAUACAACCACCUGGCCGAGGCCAACAGCAUCGAUAACCGCCAAGCCCGAGCCCUCGACCAUACGAAAAGCUCCGCUCUCGACAACUAUGUGGGCAUCCUCUGGUGUCUUCUGGCUGGACUCUGGACCUACUGGCUCACCAACAGUCUGAUCCGUCGAUGGUUCAUCCACUACGAGCCAUGGCCUGCGAUGAUUCGACUCCUCACCCUGGGCACAAUCUUCUGGUUCUCAGUUAUGUACUUUGUGAGCUACUUUGGUGCGAACGAGCCCAUAUGGCCGUGGAUGGUUAUCUGCGCGAUCCUCGCUGUCGCCCAGACAAUUCAGAUUCUACACUUUCGAGCCCGUGGUCUUUCAGGCUCUGAAAGCAAAAAGCCAAGACGUGACGGAAAGUCUUUGAUCUACAGGACAGUCUUGAUCCCAGGAGGCAUUAUCACAUUCAUAACCAUGGUCAUGCUCCUUCACCAAAACAACAUGCGCCCUUCGAGCGCAGAGGCGAUUGCGACUGGAGGAGCCACCGGGGUCAUGCCCACCAAUGAUGCCAAGCUCGUCAUUCAGGCUGCACAGAUCCAGGUUUUGAUCAUUAUUCUCUCUUCAUGGGCACCCAAGGCUCUUCAGCGUCGUCAGGAGAUCCGCGACACGACCUUGAGACUUGCGCCACCCAAUUCGUCAAAGUUCGCCUACACCUACAAGUUUGUCCUCGGCGAGGCACCCAGCAACCACGCCAAGAACUCGUUGGGACCCAAGAUCAGCCAGGAGAUACAAAAGUACGACGACUUGUUGCUCUUGCCCGUAUCGGACGCAGCCAAGGAUCAAGACUACAAAUCUUUCAAGGCGUUGGAGUGGAGCAACAAGUUCAAGUUCGACUUCCUGUGCAAGACCGAGGAUGAUGUCUUUGUUCGAUGGGACACUGUUGCCCAGGAUCUCAUUGAGCUCGGACCCUCGCAGCACUUCUGGCGUGGCUUUGCAUUCUGGUAUGUUUCAGGUUUCUGUGAUUGA